UUUUCCAUUUCUAUUUCUUGCCCGACGAUCGAGCAACACACAGUCGUCCCCUAGGCCCUACACCCCGCCGCCGCCCCCCGCCCCAUCUCCGGUCACCGGUCAGUCGCCCCUUAGCCAGCCAACACGCCGCGCCCCGAAUCCUCCUCUUCCCCGAACGCGCUGGCGCGCCUCUCCGGAGCCUCCCACGACCGCACCCACGGCAAGAUUAUUAUUAGGGUCUAAACAACGCAAUCCUGCCACCCUACUACUGCUAGUGCUAUCCAAGGCGGCAGCAACGCUCACCGAGCUAGGGAUGGUCAGCAUAAACAAGGCAGAUAUCGUUGAGCCCGCCGACGAAAUCUUCCCUCCCAUGGAUCACAGCCAUGCUCUUGUAGUGGACAAUUGCCUCGACGCAAAUCCGACAACAUACAGAUCAAUUUCUCCUUCGCGGGUACUCCCUCCGUUCCGAAUUACUUGUCGCAGGUAUGGAUGUAUCUAGAUGUAUUUUAGUUCUAGAUACAUCCAUUUCUGCGACGAGUAAUUUGGAACGGAGGGAGUAGUACCAAAGAGAAGUUUCCAACCGCCCACAAACGAGAGACAGGGGCCAGAGGCAGAGGAAAUAGAAAACCUCCAUGUUCAGAUCGGUCCUCUCAAAUGUAAGCUGAACAAGGUACCGUAUUAUCGUUCUAUAUGCGAUGAACGGCAGCAGGUUGAGGUCUACCGCCGGCUCUCCUGGUACUACAUCCAAGCCCAUGAGUUACCCUCGCCCGGAGAGGAACCAGAUAAUGCACAACUGAGCAAGGAAUUGGAGCGUUGUCUGGAUGCUUAUGAAAUAAAUUUCCUCCAGCGCGCCAAAGACAAUCCUGAAUGGUACUUCCAUCUUGAACAAUGAAGCUUGCCGGCUUGGAAGACUACCAGCGGCUAGUGCUUCCUGAUCAUGGUAUGUAUGGAGAUUUGAAGCAAUACCGCCUGUAUUAUCAUACCUAUCAGGGAGAUGUAGAGUAUGUCCAGUUCCGUGAGCAGAUGGCGGAGCAAAUUAAGUGGAUUGACGAUGAAGCAGCACUCUUCGGCGAUCAGCGGCUGAGAAACGAGCUAGAGGCUUUUAUUCAAACACUGAGGAUUGCGAUGCGGUUUCCAAAUAUUUCCGGACACUCAGUUGUCUCUGCCUUACGUGAGCAUCUAUAUAGCCUUCGGUUUGACUUUAACCACCGAAGGACUUGGAUGGUGUCUAUCUUGAGAUAUGGAAACGGGUUGCUAGGAAUAAGGUUAUAUUAUCCGGCCAAUCUUCACAAUUAAGAAAACUCAUGAUAUCUUUUCCGUUGUGCCAGCUUUGUAUGCUCGUUGAUACUCCUUCCGUUCGGAAAUACUUGUCAUCAAAAUGAAUAAAAAGGGAUGUAUUUAGAUGUAUUUUAGUUCUAGAUACAUCCCUUUUUGUCCAUUUUGAUGACAAGUAUUUUCGGACGGAGGGAGUAUUAAUAUCCACUCGCCUUGACAUUGCUUAGAUGAAUUUCGGUGACGCUUUGAAGCAAUUGUAUGAAGAGAACAUUUUCCCCUUCCGCAGGCCUGACAUCAAAUUAGCACUCAAUAGCUAUCCAGGCCCCAGUUGGAUAAAUUCUAGUGUAGGUUCAUCUUCGUCAAGGAUAUUGUUCAAUCCACUUCUUCAGCUAAUUACUUCGCAUAUGGUUUCAUAUUCCUAUUUAAUAAUUUCGUUUCACUAAUUGUUCUGU